CGCUGAUUAACUAAAUUAAUACUAAAGAUGUAAUGUCAAAUCAUGUUCAUUGAUUUCUUCAACUUUUUAUUCUCAAGUUAGUCGCAUAACCUAUAAAUGUGACAAGUAUCAUGGCUUCAUGGAUCACAGUGACACCGCGGCUCGAACGAGGUUUAAAAAUAGCAAAUCAGGUAGACAACAGUAAAUUCCGCUUACUAAUUAAUCGUAUUUGUCAGACGCUUCAGUCUGCUAUUGAUACAAAAAUAUUCAGUGAAGAAGAAGAGGAAAAACUAUUGGUUUCCUUGGAUUUGAAUAAGGAUGAUCUAACUUGCCUUUUAGAUGCGAUAAUAUUGAUUUACAAACAAGCUACUUGUAAUAUUGUAAAACCACAAUUGAUGGAAAACACUUUGAAGGACACUUUUAAAACGGAUGAUGAGAAAAUUCAAAUAUUUUUAAAUGCAUGGAUCACAUAUAGUAAAGGAAUAAUCGAUCAUUUUAGACAGAUGUCUAUAUUUCCUGUUCAGGUUAAAGACAUUGAUUGGUGUUUAAAUAUUCAAGCUGCAUCUUCCUCUAUUAAAAAAGACGCACGGCCAAUGUCAUUAUUGCAGUUGAAUUUGACAGGAGAAGAGGAAUCAAAAUUAACAGUGGAAUUCGAUAAGAAAGAACUCAUAGAUCUGUAUCAUAAUCUAGAGAAAAUACAGUCACAAUUGGAUGCUUUUAAAUAGUAUUUAGUUACUACUACUACUACUAUUACUACUACUACUACUACUACA